CUGGCGAUACUAGUCCAAGAGCCUUUUCGCAGGCACUUUCCUUUUGCUAGAUAAAACCUUCGCUUGGAUAUUUGGCGGCAUUCUCGUUGCGGGACCAUUCCCUAACCGCUUGGCGCCUCGAGGGCGACAAGUCUGGGUCAAUCCGCCGCCAUGCUGUGUCCCUUCCUCCGCGUUUCGAAGUCAAAGCGCGCCCUCGAGCGCGUGCCUACAAAUUCCAUGGCGGAUUCCGGACUUCACACGAGCAUAGCAGAGAGUUUUGACGCAGAAAAGUGCAUUCGUACUCGAGCAUCCCAAUUCGUACACGAGUGUUUCGUACACGAGCAUCCCAAUUCGUUUUUCUUGCCAUUUUCUCUAGCGAUUGAAACGACGUGAGCUGCCAUGGCUUCGAAGAACAUCCUCGUUAUAGCCGUCCUCGUAAUGCUCCUCGUCGGCUUCGUGGCUGCCGACAAUCAGGAUCGCAAGCGCGACGGCACGGGCAACCAGGACCGCGACAGGAAACGGGACGGCUCGUGCCUCAAAGGCGGCUCUUGCACCGGCAACAAGAACGGCGGCAACCCUGCGGGGAAUCGCGGCAAUGGCGGCGGGAGGAAGAGCCAGGGGAAGAAGGGCACGGGGACGUGCACCAAGAGCGGGACGGGCACGUGCAACGGCAGCGGGACGGGCAGGAAUGCGGCGGUGGCGAGCGUGGAUGCGAGCGCGAGCGCGGUUCCGGCUGCUGACGUGGGCGUGCAGGCGUGCGACGGGUCGAAGCAGGCGGGCAAGCUGAUGAAGGGCUUGACUAGGAGCGGCUUCGCCAAGUUCGCCGGCGCGCUGCAGCAGACAGGGCUCUCCAACGAGCUGGCGGAUGUGAUGUGCAAUGGCGGCGUCACGCUGCUGGCCAUCCCCGACGACGCCAUGGGCGGGCUGCCCGCGGCGGUGCGAGGGGACCGCGUGAUGCUGCGGGAGCAGCUGCUGCUGCACGUCGUCAAGGGCGCCCGGCCCUACGCCCAGAUGCAGGCUCGCAGCAGGAGCUACAAGUUCGCAUGUGCGGCGGGUGCAGGGUCCGGGCGUCUGGUGAAGCAGAGUCAGGGCAACGCGCCCCUCUCUGUGCGCGUGGGCAGGGGGUGGGGCCAGGCAGCCAUGGUGACGCGCCCCAAUGCCUUUCAGUGCACGGGGGGGGCGGUACAGGGGGUCAACCGCGCGCUUGGCAUGGGGCGCAUGGGCCGCCCGGGCAGACGGGUGCCUCUGGGGCAGUGCCUGCGCAACGCCAGCGACGAGGACGACUAGAGAGAGGGGGGUGGAAGGGAGGUGGCAGGGGGAUAAGAGGGGAGCUGGGGGUUGGUGCAGGGAGGUAUACCAAUCCCUUGUCCUUGCUUUCUGUGUGUGCAGGGAGUAUGAUGGUUAGGGGGUUGACUGCAUGGAAGGGGGGGAUGGGGGGAUUGGGCAGAAGGGGGGAUUAGGAGAGAAGAUGAGGUUGCCUGAAGAGGAGAUGUACAGUUUCUUAUGCUUGUGUGGGAUGGUUGGUGCUGUGCUGCAGGGCGGUGGUUGCUGGUGGGCCGGAUUCUAGUGCCGCUUGUUGUGAUGUGGAUGGUGUUUUGCAGGGCCCGGAAAAGCAAGCGAUGCAAGGCAGCAACUGCUCCUCCUGACUCUCUGCUUUUCCUGGCCCUGUGAAACUGGAAGCUGCGCGGCAGCAGAUGUAGGUCAGGGAGUCGGCCUUGCAGGGAUGGUUGCAUUGCAUGCAUGGUCGCACUGUAACCCCCCGCAUAUACAUGUACCCAUGGACGUUUUAAAGCCCGAGACUAAAUUGGUAGAAAACCA